AUGUCUGCCGUCCCCACACAUGCUCACUCGUACAGCAAGAUAUCAUGUCUAGCGUGUCGUGCAGCCAAGCGCAAAUGCCUCACGCCGGACGCCUUUACCGUGUGCAAGCGAUGCGCGGACCAAGGUCUCGAGUGCGAGUACAAGAAGCACCGCCGCGGCCGCAGAAAGAAGGUCGCAGAGGACGCGAGCGUUCGCAGCCGUAGCCGCAGUGGGAGCGCUCGAUCGCGCUCGCCAGAGGACAGGGAUGCGCGUGAUGGACUGGGGCGUGUAGACCGCGAGCGGGAUCGCUCACACGAUCGCAUUCACGACAGAGACCGCGACCGUGAUCGCGACAACAAGUCGCACCCGUCCACCGAGCCGCGGGCACGCCAUGCCAUCCAGUUCUCGCAUGUUGUCCCCAUCGAGGGCGACUCUUCACCAUACCUCCCACGCCCCGGUGUGCCCCCCGAGCCAACGUCGGGGCCCUCGUUGGCGCACCUACGUACCGAUUGCCCCGAUCCCGUGACCAACGGCUUCUUGACUGAAGCCGACGCCUACGAAAUGUUCGAGUUCUACUUUCACCACUUGAACGUAACCGUCGCCAUCCUCGACCCAGUCCUGCAUACGGCUACAUACUGCAGAGAGAAGUCGCCGCUCCUCUACAGUGCCGUCCUGACAGUGACCGCCAAAAUCAUCCGUCCAAAGGCAUACUCGAAAUGCCUCCUCAUCUCCAACAAACUGGUGGGACAAGCCGUCGAGUUUGGGCUGUGUUCCGUUGAGGUGGUCCAGGCCAUCUUGGUCUUGACACACUGGAAGAAGGCAGACGACGCGACGUCUUGGAGGAAGACCGGAUACGCCAUCCGCAUGGCACAGGAGUUGCGGCUCAACCUACGAGCUGCAAGGCCACUGCCGAGGAAUGAGAGGCAGGCGCGCGAGGUGCUGAACAGGGAGAGAUGCUGGCUGAACUAUCACCUCUCAAUGCACCACUCGCUGCCGCGCAUGAUCAACGAGGACGAUGCCGACUACCUGGUUGAGUGGAUCUCGGAGCACCCACACCUGCCCUGCCCCGGGGAAAUUGUCAUUGCUCCAUGGAUCCAGUUCUCGCGCAUGUGCCGCCUCUUUGCAGAUAUGCUCGCCGGCAUGAACGGGAACCACUCAAACUUGCGAUCGCUGCACUGGCUUGAGAUGGAAUGGAAGCGAUGGCGCAAGCAUUGGCUCGAGAAAAACAACGAGUACAACUUCCUUGCUCAGCACAUCGCAACUCUCAAGCUGUGCGACUCACUCCUCCACUUUCACAUUUGCGAGUACCGUCUCCUGUUCUGUGCACGAUACCGCUCCAACGGCGAGCCGCUCGACACAUCGCAACCGUCCGAGCUGUCGUACGCGUUCGCAAACUGCGCAGAUGUCGCACUCGCAUUGCUAGAGGUCUUCCAGACCGAGUUUGUGCGCAACGGCUUCUUGCCCUUCUGCUUCAACCUCACAUGGGUCGGCACAGCCAUCACCAGUGUGUGGUUGAUAAAGAACAUUGGCGCCAUGGACCACACGGACCGAGGCCGCGUCAUCCGUACCCUCACAGAAUGCUCCGAGUCCACAGCCGACUCAUCCUGCUCCUCGGAUGACAUGGCGAGCUACACCCACCGCCUCCUUAAACACCUGCUCGGCUCGCUGUCACCAGACUAUCUCCUCUCCGCCACAGCACCACCCACUGGCCUCGGUCCUCCUCCAGCAGCAGUCGACCUCCCGCCGGGCCCGCCACAGCCGCCCGUGUGGACCAUGCCCUCUGCCCAGCAGAUUAUUCAGGAGCACCUCUGGCAUCCAAGCGUGUUUGAUGCACCGCAACCACAGCUUACACCCGGAAGCAGUGGUCCUGGCCCCGGCAUCACUCCAGUGCCCGCCAACGCGCAGGGGUCCAUCAUGCCCGACGGUGUGCCAGGUCAGAUCCCCACCGACGUGCUGUUCCCCGCUGCCGAUGACGACAUUUGGAAGCUCUUGUUCCCACUUUGA